GGGGUAUAAUGAGGGAAAUCUCUGCAGUAUCUCUGCAACUUUUCUGUAAAUGUAAAAUUAUUCCCAAAUUAGUUUAUUUAAAAGUUCUAACCCUGUGCUUGCAUCUCAGCCGCAGCGUCAUUGUUGGUGCAGGUUACAUUGCUGUGGAGAUAGCAGGGAUCCUCUCAGCCCUGGGUUCUAAGACAUCACUCAUGAUACGGCAUGAUAAGGUACUUAGAAGCUUUGAUUCAAUGAUCAGCACCAACUGCACGGAGGAGCUGGAGAACGCUGGCGUGGAGGUGCUGAAGUUCUCCCAGGUCAAGGAGGUUAAAAAGACUUCAUCAGGCUUGGAAGUCAGCAUGGUUACUGCAGUUCCUGGUAGCCUACCCGUCAUGACCAUGAUUCCAGAUGUUGACUGCCUGCUCUGGGCCAUUGGGCGGGACCCAAAUUCCAAGGGUCUGAGUUUAGACAAACUGGUAAGCUGGCUUGGUCUACCCAAAACAUUCGUGAAUCUACUAGGAGUCCUGUGG